AUGGCAUCGACUCCAGUCACUCUCAAAAAACCCAUCGCAAUCCGAUCAGAGCAUGUUGCUCCACGUCUCACGACCGUGAGGCUCAAGCAACACAGUAAGAGUUGGUCGGGCGGUGAUUUCACCAUCUCCACCCGUCCAUCUGACGACAGCUCUGCGACCAAAUUAUUCUCCGUGGAUGGCGAUUUCGCAUCCCUGAGCCAGAAACGACAUUUCCGCGAUGCCUCGGGUCUGCCGCUCUUUGAACUCCGUCGGAAAAAAUCCGGUGUGACCUGGUUUGUCCAUCUUCCUGGUGCGCACAGCGAUGCGGAACCCAUCGCCGCUAUUGCGCCCAAAUUCAGCGCCUUCAAGGACAAGUUUGAUGUUCAUUUCCAAAAUGUCGCGGCGGGCGGGGAAGAUGCCACGCUGGAAGUCCGUGGACAGGAUAUUUGGAAAGUCAAGACACACGUCUAUCAUCACGGGGAGCUGGUGAUGAUCGCCAAACUGGUCGAUGUGCUCUCGGUGUAUGUACCGGGUAAACGCCCCGAGUGGGAGUUGACGGUGUCAGAAGGCAUGGACUUGUCGCUGGCUUCUAUUAUCGGUGUGCUACUGGCAACAUUGCUCAAGUACAGCAGUAUGCCGUCAACUUAUUCUUCUAAGAAACAGAAAGACGACGCACACUCGGACAUCCAGGAAAAAGACAAAAAGAGCCUUGAUUGA